AGGAAACUCUAUCAGAAGUGAUAAACGAAUGAGUGUGAGGCAACAAACAGCACCAGAAACCACAGGGGUGAAGAUGAAAUGAAAGAGAGACAAUCGUGAGUUAAAAGAUUAAAUAUAUUACAGAAGAGCAAAAAAAAACAAAAAAACAACAACAAACAAACAAACAAAAAAAACAGAGACGCACAUAUCAAUUGAAAGAGGAAGUGUGAGUGAGAAAGAAAGAAAAAAAAACUAAAGGGCUUGGCUGCCUCAGUCAUUUUGCAUUUAGAGUUUUGGUUUGAGAUCACAUGGAUGGAUUUCACCUUGCACUGAGUUUUCCCUCCAACUGUUUUAUAAGAAGAGAAACACAUCUGCUUCACUAGUGACACGGACUGGAUACACUAAAGUGACACCAUGACACCGCUAGGACAUUAAGACGAUUGCUCCAUCCCUGUUCCUUAGGGAAAAAGUCAACACUGGAUGGCAACCUAAUGGAACAGCAUGACUUUUUUUUGCACCAAGCUUGGAUAAUAUAUUUGGGGCCACAGGUGUGUGAGAACCUCAGUGUAAACAAACAAGGACUGACGUCCCUCAGUGCUUUAGAGCAGAACUACAAAUCUGGACCAAUGACAGGAAAAUGAGUGACAACGCUUCUGCAUGUGGAAAUGAAACAACAAACGAUGAUAUUAGAGAAUAUCAGCGUUACACUUAUGCAAUCAUCUACACAGUAAUCCUGGUCCCAGGGUUAAUCAGUAAUGUUUUGGCACUUUGGGUUUUCCAUGUGUAUGUGAAGGAAACAAAGAAAGCUGUGAUCUUCAUGAUUAACCUAGCCAUUGCUGAUCUGCUCCAAGUGCUUUCGUUACCUUUGCGCAUAUACUACUACCUGAACAAAUCCUGGCCGUUUGGCCAUGCUCUCUGCAUGUUUUGCUUUUACCUGAAAUAUGUCAACAUGUAUGCCAGCAUUUACUUUUUGGCAUGCAUAAGCAUAAGACGCUGCAUGCUUAUCAUCUAUCCACUGCGAUAUACAGCAACAAAAAGGUGGCGAGACCGCACAUGGUGUGCAAUAGGCUGGUUCAUCGUGUGUGUUGGAUGCCUGCCCUUUCCUUUGCUAAGAAAAAACUCUGAAUUUCUCAAGAUGGGAGAAUCUAAGAUCUGCUUCUCAGAGUUACCUAUGGUGAAUUUAUCCAUGGCAAGUGGAGUGACACUUGUCACAAUGGCAGAACUCACUGGUUUUCUGUUACCUCUAGCAGUGGUCCUCACUUGCACAUGGUUAACUGCUGCAAGUCUGCGUGAAAAUAACUGUGUACUUCAAGAUGCUGGAGAAAAGCGCAAGGCUCUCAAGAUGGUGCUGAGCUGUGCAGGUGUCUUCCUGAUUUGUUUCAUGCCUUAUCACAUAACCUUCCCUUUGGACUUUUUAGCCAAAUCGAAAAAGCCAAUAAGCUGUGUGUUCAAGAUUUUCAUCCAACGCUGCCAUCCUAUAACCUUGUGUCUGGCCAGCUUUAACUCCUGCCUGGACCCCGUGAUGUACUACUUCACCACUGAUGAAUUCAAGCGGCGUCUCUCAAGACCAGAGUUGGUAGAAAGCUUCCAUUUGCACCGCAGAAUCUCCUGCUCAACAAAUGAGGUGAAAAUGCUGCAGUCUGAGCAAGAAGGAUGAAUAUAAAGACAUUAACUUUAUUAACUGUAGGAAAGACCUUACUGUUGUCACUAACAUUAAGGGUAAGAUCCCACAACAACUGCAGACAGUGAGAAUAAAUACAAAAGCUACUUUUUAUUCCCAUAGUCCUCAUUCAAGGAAAUGACUGAAGAACAUUUAAAAAUAUGAAUAACCUGCACUGAGACCAGUAAUAUUGUAAUAUUAAUAUAGCUAAUGCUAAAUAUUUAUGAAGGAAUGUGCCCUGAUUAUUGAGUGUUGUGAUGCUAAAAGCAGUUUGAUUCAUGCAUGUUUAGAGAAGAUUGUGUCAAGACUGAGACCUAUCGUUCUUCUUGUAAAUGUGAGAAAAUAAUCAUGUGUAAGUGAAGAAUUGUGACUAUUAAAUUCAGAAAAGGUUAACACAAACAAAUGUUUUUCUUUAACAAGAAAAAGAAAGCGUGGUAUAGCUGAAUACAAUGACAACGUGGAGAACAUUGCCUACUGUUGUCUACUAGCUGCUGAUGUCUACAUGUCUUAUGGUUAAUGUUACCCAUUGCUAGGUACUUUACAUAUGCAGACAAAGUGCAAGUUUAUUUUAAAGUUACAGCUUGGCUAGAACGCGUGAAAAUGAUCUUUGAGGGGAUUUGAAUUUAAUAACCCAAUGUGCUGCAGUUUAAAGCAAGGACACAAAACAGAGACAAAAAAUAGAGAAAAUAGAAAAGCGAAGAGAAGAAGAAGGAAAUAUCCCCAGGCAAAGUGAAACUGGAUGCAAAAUUCACUACAUGACUGACUACUUGACUAUUCAGCAUGAAUUUUCCUACAGACAAUACGCUGCAGUGGCAGACAUUGCCUGCAUUGUUCUGAGGCAAUGAACUUUUUUUU